AUGUCAGAUCCAAACAAAGCUGCCAUUGAAGCAGAAAAGGAGGCUUUGAACUUGAAAUUACCCCCUAUUGUCCAUCCCCCAGAAGACAUAGGGGUUGAUACACCACAACAAAGUAAGCUGCUAAACUACAAAAGAUCCAAGGAGCAGCAGAAGACCAUCAAUCAGUUAGUAAUUGAUGGAGCCAAAAAAAAUCUAGACAGAACAUUGGAUAAACGAAUACCACCAUUACCAGAAGUUGAUUAUCCUCCAACUAUGACCAGUGAAAUUAAAAGAAAAGGAUUCAACUACAUGUUUAUGAAGCACUGUGUAAAAAGUAGUCCUAUAGUACCUAUUCAGCAGGAAUGGCUGGAUAACAUGUUAAUGCUGAUACCUGAGUCUUUAAAGGAAGGGAAAAAAAGAGAAGAACUGCUUGAAAGUCUCAUAGAUGAGGUGUCAAGUGACUUUGAAAAAAGCAUGAAGAGAUAUUUGGUACAGAGUGUUCUUGUGAAACCACCAGUUAAAUGGCUUGAAGAUGAAGGAGGUCCUUUACCUGAAUCCCCUCUAGGACUAGAUUAUUCCAAUCCUUGGCAUUACAACUAUGUGCAGGCAAGAAAUCAAAUAGCAUCUGAUUUGCACAUUGUUCAUCCAACUAUGAAAAUAUUACUGGACCUUGGUUAUACAACAUUUGCUAAUACAGUUUUGCUGGAUGUAACAGGAAUUAGAGCUAAAGGCCCAAUUGAUUGUGAAUCACUAAAAACUGAUCUGUCCAUUCAAGCUAAAAAGGCAGAAGAGAAGAUAAUGAACACAUGGUAUCCACAGGUUAUAAGUCUCUUUACCAAAAAGGAGUCACUAGAAGGCAUUAAGCCUGAAAAAUUGGAUGCAUUUUAUAGUUGUGUUUCCACACUUAUGACAAAUCAGCUAAAGGAUCUCUUAGUAAGGACUGUAAAAGCAUUUGUAGAACUGUUUGAUUCAGAAAAUCAACAAAGAUUGCCAAUAUUUAAGAUGGAAUUGACAUUUGAUGAGGAUAAAAUGGAGUUUUAUCCUACCUUUCAAGAUUUGGAAGAUGUUGUUCUGAGUGUGGUAGAACGAAUAGCUGAAACUCUGCAGAAUAUCCAAACAGUACCCUCUUGGCUAUCAGGAACUUCAACACCUGUAAAUCUUGACACAGAACUUCCUGAACAUGUGUUACAGUGGGCUCUUAAUACACUGAAGGUGGCAAUACAUCAGAACUUACAAGGUGCAAGGAAACAUCAUGAGACAUAUGUUGAAAAAUAUAAUUGGCUCCUUGAUGGUACUGCAGUUAAGGUGAUACAGAAUUUUCAGGCAGAAGAUCAUACUUUUGAUGAAUACACAGAGUUUAUAGAAUCAUUUUUCAGUCUUGCCUCAGAAAUAAUGCUAUUGCCUCAGUGGAUGCAUUACCCUAUGGUGCGUUUGGAUUGUGAAGAUUUGAAGACAGGCUUGACAAAUAAAGCAAAAGCCUUUGCAAAUAUAUUAUUAAAUGACAUAGCCUCAAAACACAGAAAAGAAAAUGAAUGUAUUUGCAGUGAGUUUGAAGCAAUUAAAGAUCAUGCAUUAAAAGUCCCUGAAACAACAGAAGAAAUGAUGGAUCUGAUAUCUUAUGUAGAAAAAGCCCGGACUAUAGGAAUUCAAGAGUUGGCCUUAAGAAUCCAGGAAUCUAGACGCCAAAUGAGUUACUUUUUAGAUAAUUUUCUGUUUCCUCAAGAAGACUUAGCUUUAAAUGCAGCUGUCCUCAUGUGGCCUAGAAAAAUCAGUCCUGUCUUUAAUGAAAAUGAUGAGGAGUAUAUUCCUACUGUCUCCAUUCUAUGCAAUCCAGGAAUGAGAGCUCGUCACUGGAAACAGAUGUCAGAAAUUGUUGGCUAUGACUUGACUCCAGACUCUGGAACCACAUUGAGAAAAAUUUUGAAAUUAAACCUUACACCAUACUUGGAAAAAUUUGAAGUGAUAAGUGCAGGAGCAAGCAAGGAAUUUUCCUUAGAGAAAGCCAUGAAUAACAUGAUAGGAACUUGGGAUGAUAUUGCUUUUCAUAUAAGUCUGUAUCGAGAUACUGGAGUCUGUAUUCUUUCUUCAGUGGAUGAGAUUCAGGCAAUCCUUGAUGAUCAGAUUAUAAAAACUCAGACAAUGAGAGGCUCACCUUUUAUCAAACCAUUUGAAAAAGAGAUCAAGGCUUGGGAGGACCGUCUGAUCCGAAUACAAGAAACAAUUGAUGAAUGGUUAAAAGUACAAGCUCAGUGGCUGUAUCUGGAGCCUAUAUUUUGUUCUGAGGAUAUCAUGCAACAGAUGCCAGAAGAAGGACGUCAGUUUCAGACAGUAGACAGACAUUGGAGGGAUAUUAUGAAAUUUUGUGCAAAAGAUCCAAAGGUUCUUGCUGCUACUUCUUUAACAGGUUUAUUGGAAAAACUACAAAACUGCAAUGAACUUUUGGAUAAAAUUAUGAAAGGACUUAAUGCAUAUCUUGAAAAGAAACGUCUUUUCUUCCCUCGUUUUUUUUUCUUAUCUAAUGAUGAAAUGUUGGAGAUUUUGUCAGAAACCAAAGAUCCACUUAGAGUUCAGCCUCACUUAAAAAAAUGCUUUGAGGGCAUUGCUAAAUUGGAGUUCCUUCCCAAUUUGGACAUUAAGGCCAUGUAUAGCUCUGAAGGUGAGCGAGUGGAGCUUAUUGAACUCAUUUCCACAUCUAUAGCCCGCGGUGCUGUAGAAAAGUGGCUCAUUCAAGUAGAAGAUCUAAUGCUUCGAAGUAUUCAUGAUGUGAUUGCUGCAGCCAGGCUGGCUUAUCCAGAAUCUCCAAGAAGAGACUGGGUUAGAGAGUGGCCUGGCCAGGUUGUACUUUGUGUUUCUCAAAUGUUCUGGACUUCUGAGACACAGGAAGUUAUAAGUAGUGGGACAGAGGGAUUAAAGAAGUACUAUAUAGAACUCCAGAAUCAACUAAAUGAUAUUGUAGAGCUGGUAAGAGGAAAAUUGUCUAAGCAGAUCAGGAUCACUCUGGGGGCAUUAGUUACAAUUGAUGUCCAUGCUAGAGAUGUGGUCAUGGACAUGAUUGAAACAGGUGUCUCACAUGAUACAGAUUUCCAGUGGCUUGCUCAGCUUCGUUAUUAUUGGGAAUAUGAGAAUGCUCGAGUUCGUAUCAUUAAUUGUGAUGUAAAAUAUGCUUAUGAAUAUCUUGGUAACUCACCUCGACUUGUCAUUACUCCUCUAACUGACAGGUGUUACAGAACAUUGAUAGGUGCCUUCUAUUUAAACCUUGGAGGUGCUCCAGAGGGACCAGCAGGCACAGGAAAAACUGAAACUACCAAGGACUUGGCUAAAGCUCUUGCUGUACAGUGUGUGGUAUUCAACUGUUCAGAUGGGCUAGAUUAUCUAGCAAUGGGAAAGUUCUUUAAAGGAUUGGCUUCUUCUGGUGCUUGGGCUUGCUUUGAUGAAUUUAAUCGAAUUGAGUUGGAGGUGUUGUCAGUGGUGGCUCAACAGAUCCUUUGCAUUCAGAGAGCCAUUCAACAGAAGUUGGAAGUGUUUGUUUUUGAAGGGACAGAACUUAAGCUCAAUCCAAACUGUUUUGUAGCUAUUACCAUGAAUCCUGGCUAUGCAGGGCGUUCUGAAUUGCCAGACAACCUUAAGGUUCUUUUUAGAACAGUGGCUAUGAUGGUUCCAAACUAUGCCCUUAUAGCAGAAAUUUCCCUCUACUCCUAUGGAUUUUUGAAUGCAAAACCUCUGUCUGUGAAGAUAGUAAUGACUUACAGACUUUGCUCAGAGCAGCUCUCAUCGCAAUUUCAUUAUGACUAUGGAAUGCGAGCAGUAAAAGCAGUUUUAGUGGCUGCUGGAAACCUAAAACUAAAAUAUCCAAAUGAAAAUGAAGAUAUAUUGCUUCUUCGAUCAAUUAAAGAUGUGAAUGAACCAAAGUUUCUGUCACAUGACAUACCUUUAUUUAAUGGCAUAACUAGUGACUUAUUUCCUGGUGUUAAACUUCCUGAAGCUGACUAUAAUGAAUUUUUGGAAUGUACUCAUGAAACUUGCCACGCACAUAAUCUUCAGCCUGUUAAAUUUUUUCUUGAGAAAAUAAUUCAGACAUAUGAAAUGAUGAUUGUUAGACAUGGUUUUAUGUUAGUAGGAAAGCCUUUUGCUGGUAAGACAAAAGUACUACAUGUGCUGGCUGAUACUUUAUCUCUUAUGAAUGAACGCGGCUAUGGAGAAGAAGAAAAGGUCAUUUAUAGAACUGUGAACCCCAAAUCAAUUACCAUGGGCCAACUUUUUGGACAAUUUGACCCAGUGUCUCAUGAGUGGACUGAUGGUAUUGUGGCAAAUACUUUUAGAGAAUUUGCCUUAUCAGAAACCCCUGACCGGAAAUGGGUUGUAUUUGACGGUCCUAUUGACACUUUGUGGAUAGAGAGUAUGAACACAGUAUUGGAUGAUAAUAAAAAGCUUUGUCUUAUGAGUGGAGAAAUCAUUCAGAUGUCUCCUCAAAUGAGCCUGAUCUUUGAAACAAUGGACCUUUCCCAGGCUUCGCCUGCCACUGUAAGCCGAUGUGGCAUGAUUUAUUUGGAACCCUCACAGUUAGGAUGGGAACCACUUGUGUCUUCUUGGUUGCAUUCCCUGAAAGGACCUCUACUUGAACCAGAACAUCAAACUCUUCUGAAAGAACUUUUUGACUGGUUAAUAACACCUUCUUUGAGGUUUCGUAAGAAAAAUUGCAAGGAACUGAUUCAUACCAGUAAUAGCAAUGUGGUUGUCUCUCUCACACGGCUCAUUGAAGUACUACUCUGUAAUGUGGUAGAAAACGAUCCUACUAGCAAGCACAUUCGUGUUUGGAUUAUGGCUUGCUUUAUAUUCUCUUUAAUAUGGUCCAUUGGAGGAGGUUGUGAUACAGAUAGUCGUCUUAAUUUUGAUUCUUUCAUAAGAUCACUUAUAAUGGGCAAAAAUGAAAAAUACCCAGUGCCAGAUGGUGUGGGUAAAUGGGAAUGCCAAUUUGAAGAAAAAGGCCUGGUCUAUGACUACAUGUAUGAGUUGAAAAACCGAGGUCGCUGGCUCCAUUGGAAUGAAUUAAUUAAAAGUACUGAUUUAGAAGAUAAGCGCAUCAAGAUUCAAGAUAUCAUAGUCCCUACGAUGGACACAAUUAGAUAUACAUUUCUAAUGGAUUUGAGUAUUACCUAUGCAAAGCCACUGCUUUUUGUGGGUCCAACAGGCACUGGAAAAUCAGUGUAUGUGAAAGACAAACUAAUGAAUCACUUGGAAAAGGACCAGUACUUCCCUUUUUAUGUUAAUUUCUCAGCACGGACCAGUGCCAAUCAAGUGCAGAAUAUCAUUAUGGCUAGAUUGGAUAAGAGACGCAAAGGAGUUUUUGGACCACCUAUGGGAAAGAAAUGUAUAAUUUUCAUAGAUGAUAUGAAUAUGCCUGCAUUGGAGAAAUAUGGAGCUCAACCUCCUAUUGAAUUAUUACGACAGUUUUUUGACUGUGGAAAUUGGUAUGAUCUUAAGGACACAAGUAAAAUCACACUGGUUGAUAUAGAGCUGAUUGCUGCCAUGGGUCCUCCAGGUGGUGGAAGAAAUCCAGUCACUCCCCGUUUUCUUCGACAUUUCAACAUCUGCAGUAUUAAUUCUUUUAGUGAUGAAACUAUGGUUCGAAUCUUCUCAACAAUUGUGGCAUUCUACCUCAGGACUCGUGAAUUUCCUACAGAGUAUUUUAUAACUGGGAACCAAAUAGUCAGUGGGACUAUGGAGAUAUAUAAACGAUCCAUGGAAAAUCUUUUGCCCACUCCUGCAAAAUCUCAUUAUACUUUCAACUUGCGUGAUUUUUCACGUGUCAUCCGGGGCUGUUUACUCAUUCAAAGAGAUGCUGUAGAGAGCAAGCACACUAUGAUCCGCCUGUUUGUGCAUGAGGUUCUCCGAGUGUUUUAUGAUCGCCUCAUUAAUGAUGAUGAUAGAAACUGGUUGUUCAAAUUAAUCAAAAUUGUUAUAAAGGACAAUUUUAAAGAAUCAUUUGAUGGUGUUUUUUUACAUUUGAGGAAAGAGAAUGCACCAGUGACUGAAGAAGACUUAAGAAAUCUCAUGUUUGGUGAUUAUAUGAAUCCCGACCUUGAAGGAGAUGAUAGAGUUUAUAUUGAAAUUCCAAAUAUUCACCAUUUUAGUGACAUUGUAGACCAAUGCUUAGAUGAGUAUAAUCAAACUCACAAAACGAGAAUGAAUCUUGUUGUGUUUAGAUAUGUUUUGGAACAUUUGUCAAGAAUAUGUCGAAAUCUAAAGCAGUCUGGUGGAAAUGCUUUGCUUGUUGGGCUUGGAGGAAGUGGUCGUCAGUCUUUAACUCGUCUGGCUACAUCCAUGGCAAAAAUGCAGAUUUUCCAACCAGAAAUUUCUAAGAGCUAUAGUAUGAAUGAGUGGAGAGAUGAUUUAAAGGGUCUGUUGAAAAAUGUGGGCAUGAGAGGCCAGAAGACAGUCUUUCUAAUUACAGACACUCAGAUUAAAGAGGAAGCUUUUCUAGAAGAUAUUGACAGCAUGCUCAAUACUGGAGAAAUACCUAACAUCUUUGCUGCAGAUGAAAAACAAGAAGUAAUGGAGGGUGUUCGUCCAGUAGCUCAGGCUGGCAGUAAACAUGAAGAACUCAGUCCUUUAGCACUGUUUGCUUUCUUUGUGAAUCGCUGCAAAGAUAAUCUUCAUAUUGUAGUGGCCUUUAGCCCUAUUGGAGAUGCUUUUCGAAAUCGCUUGAGACAGUUCCCAUCCCUCAUCAAUUGCUGUACCAUUGACUGGUUUCAGCCAUGGCCUGAAGAUGCUCUCGAACUUGUAGCUGUGAAAUUCUUAGAAACACUGGAGCUUACUGAAGUCGAACGAAGAGAGAUAGUUCCAGUCUGUAAACACUUUCACACCUCCAUUAUGGACCUUUCGGAGAGGUUCUUGCAUGAGUUAGGAAGACAUAACUAUGUUACUGCUACUUCUUAUCUUGAACUUAUUGGUUCAUUUCGACAGCUUUUGACUAAGAAGCGACAAGCUGUCAUGGAAGCAAAACAACGAUAUGUAAAUGGUCUUGACAAAUUAGCUUUUGCUGAGUCUCAGGUUGGUGAAAUGCAAAUAGAGCUUGUUCAGUUACAGCCCAAGUUGGAGGAAGCUAAAAUUGAAAAUGCACGUAUGAUGCAGAUAAUUGAAAUAGAAUCUGCAGAAGUGGAAGCAAAAAAAAAGUUUGUGAAAUUAGAUGAAGAGAUAGCCAGUGGAAAGGCUGAAGAAGCCCAAGCUCUAAAAAAUGAGUGUGAAAGUGAUCUAGCUGAGGCAAUUCCAGCCUUGGAAGCAGCUCUGUCUGCACUGGAUACACUUAAACCAUCUGAUGUUACAAUUGUGAAAUCAAUGAAGAAUCCUCCAUCUGGUGUUAAACUAGUUAUGGCUGCUAUUUGUGUCAUGAAAGAUAUAAAACCAGAAAAAAUUUCAGACCCUUCAGGAACUGGAGGGAAGAUAUUUGAUUACUGGGGACCUAGCAAAAAACUUCUGGGAGAUAUGAAUUUCUUAAGAGAUUUGAGAGAAUAUGACAAGGACAACAUCCCAGUGACUGUUAUGCCGAAGAUCCGUGGUGAAUAUUUGACAAACCCCGAAUUUGACCCCGCUAAGAUUGCUAAAGCUUCUUCUGCAGCAGAGGGUCUGUGUAAGUGGAUCAUGGCUAUGGAAGUGUAUGACAGAGUUGCAAAGGUCGUGGCGCCUAAAAAAGCUCGCUUAGCAGAAGCUCAGAAAUCCUUAGCUGAGACAAUGGGACUUUUGAAUCAGAAGAGAGCAGAACUGGCAGAAGUAGAACACCAUUUGGAAAAUUUACAAAAGACAUUUAAAGAGAAAACUGAGGAAAAGGCUGCUUUAGAAGAUCAGGUGGAACUCUGUGCUAAGAAACUUGAAAGAGCCUCAAGACUAAUUGGGGGACUGGGUGGAGAAAAAACAAGAUGGGCGCAAGCUGCAGAUGACCUUCAGAUAACAUAUGAAAAUUUAACUGGUGAUGUCUUAGUAUCAGCAGGAGUAAUAGCUUACCUUGGUGCUUUCACUUCUGGCUUUCGACAAACUUGUACAGAAGAUUGGAGCAUGUUGUGCAAGGAGAAAAAAAUCCCAUGUUCAGAAGAAUUCUCACUAAGUAAGACCCUCGGUGAUCCAGUAAAAAUUAGAGCUUGGAAUAUUGCUGGACUACCAACAGAUACAUUCUCGAUAGAUAACGGAGUGAUUGUUAAUAACUCUAGGCGUUGGCCUUUAAUGAUUGACCCACAGGGUCAAGCCAAUAAGUGGAUCAAAAACUCUGAGAAAGAAAAUCAGCUCAGUGUUAUUAAGCUAUCAGAUUCAGACUAUAUAAGGACAUUGGAAAACUGUAUACAGUUUGGAACUCCACUUCUGUUAGAAAAUGUUGGUGAAGAACUGGAUCCAUCUUUGGAGCCUUUACUACUUAGACAAACUUUUAAACAAGGUGGCCUUGAUUGCAUCCGACUUGGUGAAGUCAUUAUUGAGUAUUCCUUUGACUUCAAAUUUUAUAUCACUACAAAACUGAGAAAUCCACACUACAUGCCACAGCUGGCUACAAAAGUGUCUUUGCUCAAUUUCAUGAUAACUCCAGAAGGACUUGAAGAUCAAUUACUAGGCAUUGUUGUUGCAAAGGAGAGACCAGAAUUAGAAGAGGAACGAAAUGCUCUUAUUCUUCAGUCUGCAGCUAAUAAGAAGCAACUAAAUGAUAUAGAGACAAAAAUUUUAGAAACAUUAUCAUCUUCAGAAGGGAACAUUUUAGAAGAUGAAAAUGCAAUUAAAGUCUUAGACUCUGCCAAAAUGAUGUCCAAUGAGAUAACAAAGAAACAGCAGAUUGCAGAAAAAACAGAACUGAAAAUAGCAGGGUCUCGAGAAGGCUACAGACCCAUAGCUAAACAUUCAUCAGUGUUAUUCUUUAGCAUUGCAGACCUGGCUAACAUUGAUCCCAUGUACCAGUACUCUCUCAUCUGGUUUGUGAAUCUUUACAUCAACUCCAUUCAUGACAGUAAUAAAUCCAAAAUUUUGGAAAAGCGUCUACGAUAUCUAAACGACCACUUCACAUACAACUUAUAUUGUAAUAUAUGCCGAUCACUAUUUGAGAAGGACAAACUAUUAUUUUCCUUUUUAUUAUGUGCUAAUCUUCUCCUGGCAAAGAAAGAAAUUGAAUACCAGGAACUGAUGUUUCUUUUAACUGGAGGAGUAAGUCUUAAGGCUGCUGAGAAAAAUCCUGAUCCAACUUGGCUGCAGGAUAAAAGUUGGGAAGAAAUUUGUCGAGCAAGUGAAUUUCCUGCCUUCAAAAAAUUGAAGACCCAUUUUUGUGAACAUUUACUGGAAUGGCGGGAAAUCUAUGACAGUAAAGAGCCACAUAAUGCAAAAUUUCCAGCACCAUUGGAUAAGAAUCUAAAUGAACUACAGAAAAUAAUAAUUCUUCGGUGCUUAAGGCCAGAUAAGAUAACACCAGCUAUAACAAAUUAUGUAACUGACAAACUCGGAAAAAAGUUUGUAGAACCUCCACCAUUUGAUUUGACAAAGAGUUAUUUGGAUUCAAACUGCACCAUUCCCUUAAUUUUUGUGCUGUCUCCAGGAGCAGAUCCCAUGGCCAGCUUACUGAAAUUUGCAAAUGAUAAGUCUAUGUCUGGAAAUAAAUUUCAAGCCAUUUCACUGGGUCAGGGACAAGGACCAAUUGCAACAAAAAUGAUUAGAGCAGCAGUAGAAGAAGGAACUUGGGUUUGCCUACAGAAUUGUCACCUUGCUGUCUCCUGGAUGCCCAUGUUGGAAAAAAUAUGUGAAGAUUUUAGCACUGAAACCUGUAACUCAUCCUUUAGGCUUUGGCUCACAAGUUACCCAUCUCCAAAAUUCCCAGUAACAAUUCUACAGAAUGGAGUAAAAAUGACUAAUGAACCUCCCACAGGUCUUCGGCUAAAUCUCCUUCAGUCAUAUCUCACGGAUCCAAUUUCUGAUGUUCAGUUUUUCAAGGGAUGCCAGGGAAAAGAACUGGCAUGGGAGAAGUUGCUAUUUGGAGUUUGUUUUUUUCAUGCCCUUGUGCAAGAGAGAAAGAAAUUUGGUCCUCUUGGUUGGAAUAUUCCAUAUGGAUUUAAUGAAUCAGAUUUACGCAUCAGUAUCCGGCAACUACAGUUAUUUAUAAAUGAAUAUGAUACAAUUCCAUUUGAAGCUAUUUCUUAUCUGACUGGAGAAUGUAAUUAUGGAGGAAGAGUUACAGAUGAUUGGGACAGGCGCCUCCUAUUAACCAUACUGGCUGACUUUUAUAAUCCACACAUAAUUGAAAUGCCUCAUUAUAAGUUUUCUCCCAGUGGGCAUUAUUUUGCACCUCCCAAAGGUACUUAUGAGGACUACAUUGAAUUCAUCAAGAAACUUCCAUUUACUCAAGAUCCUGAAAUAUUCGGAUUACAUGAAAAUGUUGAUAUCUCCAAAGAUCUUCAGCAAACAAAAAUCCUUUUUGAGUCCUUGCUCCUCACUCAGGGAGGCUCAAAACAGACAGGAUCCUCAGGAAGUACUGACCAGAUUCUAUUAGAAAUUACGGAAGAUAUACUCAACAAGCUUCCAUUUGAUUUUGAUAUUGAAACAGCAUUAAUGAAGUAUCCUGUGAGAUAUGAAGAGAGCAUGAAUACUGUGUUAGUACAAGAAAUGGAACGAUUUAACAAUUUAAUUACAACUAUACAUAACACUCUAUGGGACCUUAAAAAAGCUAUUAAGGGUGUGGUUGUAAUGGAUUCUGCGCUGGAGGCACUUUCUGGCAGCUUACUGGUCGGAAAAGUUCCUGAACUAUGGGCCCAACGAUCAUACCCAAGUCUUAAGCCCCUAGGAAGUUACAUCACAGAUUUUCUAGCCCGACUGAAGUUUUUACAGGACUGGUAUACUUCAGGAAAACCUCAUGUGUUUUGGCUCUCAGGUUUCUUUUUCACCCAAGCCUUUUUAACUGGAGCUAUGCAGAAUUAUGCCAGAAAAUACACCAUCCCUAUUGAUUUACUAGGAUAUGAAUUUGAGGUUAUUCCUUCUGAUGUAUCUGACACAUCACCAGAAGAUGGUGUUUAUAUCCAUGGCUUGUAUCUUGAUGGGGCACGCUGGGACAGAGAAAGUGGCUUGCUUGCUGAACAAUAUCCCAAACUUCUGUUUGACCUGAUGCCCAUCAUAUGGAUAAAACCAAUUGAAAAGACUAAGAUUGUGAAGUCAAAUGCCUAUGUCUGUCCUCUCUACAAGACAAGUGAACGUAAAGGAACUCUUUCUACUACAGGACAUUCCACUAACUUUGUCAUUGCAAUGUUGUUAAAAACAGACCAACCCACUCAACACUGGAUCAAACGUGGUGUUGCUCUGCUUUGUCAGCUGGAUGACUAA